GGAAAAUUGCUUAGAUUGUUACUGUAGUGAAAGUUUGUGGGUGCUGCGUUUACUGCUGCGUGAGAUUAUUAUUCUGGUACAGUACAGACACCUGCUGUUUGACACAGUAAUGGAGAAACAUACGUUUGUGCAAAGUUACGAGGAACAGUGUCUGCCGAAAUUUUGUAGUCGAUUACAUAGACGAUACAGUCCGUAUGGCCAGCACAGAAAGUUACCAGAAGGUCCUUGUGGCUCACAUGGACAUCAGACUUCUCUUAAUGAUGUCUACUUUUUGAGUCGCAGUGAGAAUAAGAUGCAUAGUACUAAUGAAAAAUCAUGGUAUAAAGUAAUGAUACCGUAUGGGGACAGAUACAACAUAUCUUGGCUUCUGAAUUCCAUUAAAAAACAAUGUGCUGUUUCUUUCAGUGAAGUGCAGUUCCAGCACUGCCAUGGAAAGGCAAUUUUCUACGUGGAAAGUGAAAUGGUAGCCGUAGCACUGGAAAAUGUGUCAAGAAAAAUAGAAGGGGAGAAUGGUCAUAAGAUUGUGAUCAAUGUCCUGCCAUGCAAUCCACCUCUUUAUGCUAUGAAGAACUUCUGCUGCAAGGAUAUCAGUCCUCUUCUAAGAGUGUGUAUAGAAAAGCGUUACAAUAAGAAAUAUCAGUCUCUGAAUUUAAGCUGCAUACGGGCUGAUGGAGAGCUCACAUCUUCUGGGGUCAGUUUGCAUUUGAACAUAGUUGAAUACAUGGAGUGUGUCUUGAAGAUAAUUGAAAAGAGCUGCCCUGAGAUCAUGUCAUUAGACCUGAGCAGAAAUAAUCUGAACAGUCUCUCAGGUCUUUCCACAUUGGUGUAUACAUUUCCUACACUGAAAAAACUAAACCUUUCUGAAAAUAAAAUACCAUGCAUAGAAGAGUUGAAUAUAAUUAAGGGGCUGAAAAUUACAGAACUGUUCCUGGCAGGCAAUCCACUGUGUGAUUCAUUUGAAAAUCCCUCAUUCUACCUGAGUGCUGUAAGGCAACGGUUCCCAGAGCUGAGGAUGGUGGAUGGUAUUGAAAUUCCUCCUUUGGUAGUUGUGACCAUUGAAAUGAACAUUGCCCUUCCACCUUUAAAGGUAACUCAGUUAUUGGUCAUAGUUAAUAACAGCUAUUAA